AUGUCGACAGACAUGGAGGACCCAAAGGCGCCGCUGAAGGGCUCUAGUGACAGCAGCUGCGUUUCCGUUUCUCGUGAGUAUGACUGUCUAUAUCAGUUGGAGCUCCGUUACUGGUCGCUGGGUACCGUGAGGAAGGUUCUGCGUUUUGCGGCCUGCGUGGCCCUUGCAGGGCAGCUUGCUGCAGCCUUCUUCUGCUUUGUUGCCUCGCCUUGGGCGGAAUCAACAGACAAGACGCAAAAACUAAGACGCAUAGCAUGCGUGUUGCUCACCACCUUCUCGGGCUGUUGUCUCCUUUGCUCCAUUACCGCAGUACUUGUCGCCUGGGUCACGAGCUGCCGUGCGCAAGUGGGUAACGCCUUGCUAUUUGUGGGGACUCACCUCAAGGCCAUUGUCUUUUCAUCUUGUGCUUGCGCCGUCUCUGCGGCGUUGCUGAAGUGUAUCGGCCUCCAAUCAUCUCCAUUAAGUUUGGCGGCCGCUGUGGCGUCUUGCAGCCUGCUCUUGCUGCUGUUCCUGCUACAGCCGGUUCCCCUCGGGAAGCUUUGGGCCAUUUGCGUUGCAGCGGUGUUGCUCUUCUUGGUGGGUACCCAGCGGCUUUUGGCUGCUCUGGCAGUGGAUUCGCUGCCGCGUGGUUGGUUCACGUUUGUGGGUUACAGUCACUUGUGCUGGUUGUCUCCUUUAAUUGUAGCAGCAUUCCUUUCUGCUAUGUUGCUGUUAUCCCACUACCUCCAGCUGUUAUUGGCCACUGCCCGUGGCGGUUACUAUAUCUUCUGUCCUCCCAACCCUCACCUGCACAGCUUAGACACUUUGGCCGCAGACGCUGUGUCUGGCAAACCUCUGUCCCUGUCACCCCGCAAGCCCAUCUACCCGCCUUCCCCGGACACCCUCGUCCAACUCUUAAGGGAGAAACUUACUCCCCGCCGCCUGGGCCCUGCUAUGGCUCAACAACGAAGAACUGUAGAAGCCCCUGCUGUUAUUGCUGAGAGACCGAAGGCCUCAGAAGCCCAAGAUAAUGCCACAGGAGAAGAAGCCCCACUACAAAAACGGGUGCCUACGGAGGGCGCAUGGCUGGUGGCCCUGUGGCUCAGAGGCCAUUUUUUCAUAGCAAGCUUUGGGGCCCUAUGUGUUGCGACGUCGCUUCUGUUAUUUGCGCUUGGUGCCGACUCAGCAGCAGCACAACACGGCCUCGCGGGCCCUGCUGCAUUUCAAGACAUCAAACGGCUGCUGCUGCCGCAGCCAAUUAGGCACCAGCAGGAAGAGCACCUGACGAAAGUUUCAUUUGUCGCAUUUCAAGCCCAUGAGUCACUAGAGUCUGACGGCGUGCGGGCGUUGCGCUCUCCCCAACAGAAACAACAACGGCAACAGCUGCCGCAGCAAAAGCAGGAGAACAUUAUGGUGCCGCUUUCAGCGGUGCGGCUCCGCCGGAAGCUUCAGCGAGGGCAUUUUCAGUCCAACGCACUGCAGCCAUCACACCCGUCCUCUGGUCUUCUUCCUGCUGCUGGUCUUGCUUCUUCUGAGCUGCAGCUAAGGAACCCCAACUUGUACGCAAUGCCUGAAGAAUCCUUCUUACAGCUGCGACUUAACAAAAUUUCAAGCAGCAGCAAGGAGGAGCAACCGGGCUCGAAAACAGCAGCUGCUUUUUUGCUACUGGCGUUUGUGUUAUUGCUGCCUCUCAUAGGCACAAGCCUUGGCGAAUGGUGUGAAGAUCUCUUCUUUGCGCACAUGGUGCUCAUCAAGAGGAACCCCUGGAUGAUUUUGCCUCCCCCAGUGCUCGUUAUACAGCCACACCAGGCAGAAGCGGUGGCUGCUACGACACCAAAAGCAGAGACUGAUCGCACGAACGUUUCAGAUCCACUGCUAUACAUGGCUCGAGAAAGAAUGAGGCACCAGAGUUUCCUUGGCCUUGAUGCGCAGCGCGAGGAGGGAAAGCAGCCGCAGCAAAUGCAACAACAGGGCCAGCAACAGCAACCUGUGGCACAAGAAGAAGACGAGGAGGAGGAGCGGGAAUCAAAAGAGGGACAGCAACCACAGGCUAGGUCCCCGCUCCAGACCGGCACGCCGUAG